CAGAUUGACGCCUGACUUUGAUUGACAUCUCUGUGCUUCCUUCAGGCCCAGCUCGUCCCCGAGGCUUCCCCACUCGGACACACACUCCAGGAUUGAGCACUAUGCCUGCAGACUCGCUGACAUGGAGGACCAGAACUGCUCCUUCUUCAAUGAGAGCUUGGAUGAGGAUCAGUAUCUUGACCGUCUGGAGCAGGACUCCCUGGCCUCCUGUCAUCAUUACCUGGGUUACACAGGCUGUGAGACCCAGGAUGAGCUGCAGAGGACACUGGCCAUGCUGGAGAAUGAGAACAGGGUGCUCCAGGGGGAGUACCGACGUCUGAAGUGGCAGCACGCUGAGGCCCAGGCAUGUCCACACCUGAGGGAGGACUCUGUGGACCAGGAGGACUACCAGGACCAGGCCUUGCUGGCUGAAGCCAAAGGCCUGAGGCACCAUAAGGGCAGGCUGGAAACCCGCAUGCAGAUCCUGGAGGACCACAACAAGGAGCUAGAGUCCCAGCCCCAUCGGCUCAGGGAGAUUCUACAACAGAACAGAGAGGGUUCAGAGGACAAUGUAUCGACUGGAACACCAUCAUCUGUGUACUCUCCUGUGUCACGAAGAGACCAGCUGGGGAGACAGCUAAGCUCAGGAGCCUCCAACACAGAACCCCCAGGGCCUGCUUGGAGCCAGAGCAGGGUGUUACAGCCGAUCACCUUCAACAGGUCAUAGAGCAACUGAAGAACGUCUUCCCCUUAGAGACCAGAGAGAACGGUGUUGCAUCACCUUUUUGACUUGUUUGCCAUUCCAGAGACCAGACUGUGAACCUAACAACACCUAUCGUUAACGGAUAGCCUUCAAGAUUCCUCUCACUAUGAUCAAGCACAUAUCACUACUGAGAUCCAUGUGUGUUUUAUCCAGCUUAAUACACAUUGAAAUGAACAAACGGGCUACAUUAUGGAUGUCCAGUGGCCAAAUAUACCACUGGAUGGAAAUGUGUUCUUUUAUGGUGUCAGGCCCAUCUUUGUCUAUGUGUAAUAUUUCAUGAUGUUGAUAUUUUU